UAAUCACGCUCUGAAACGGCAUCGUCUGAAGCGAAGAACCACUCAAUAAAACAUACGGAAUCCACUGGAUCGAGAGAAACAACCUUGUUGCUCUGCUAAGCCGUUAUGAGGCAUUCGGUGAAUCGUCCCCCAACGCCAGACGUGAGAGAUGAACACGAAAAAGAGGCUACGCUUCAGGAAAUUAUCAGCGUAAAGUUGAUCGAGAGUGGGGAGAAAGAAAGGUUGAUGGAGCUUCUCAGGGAAAGGCUCAUAGACUGUGGGUGGAAAGAUGAAAUGAAAGCUCUUUGCAGGGCAUUCAUAAAAAAGAAAGGCAGGAGCAAUGUUACCGUGGACGAUCUUGUACAUCUGAUUACCCCCAAAGGCAGAGGUUCAAUUCCUGAUUCCGUAAAGGCUGAGCUGUUGCAAAGAAUCCGAACCUUCCUGGUUUCAGCUGCUCAUUGAUGUAUCAGCUAUAUAUAAUAGAAGAAGAGUCAGCUGGCAUGCUUGUUGAUUAAUUUGCCGUUCGAGGCCAAAGUCAAUGGUUAGGUGGUUUCCUACUCAUAUUUGUGGCAGGAUAAGGAAUGAACUCUUGCAUACCAGUGCCACAAGUUUGAGGACGUAUAUCUUUCUGUAACAGCUUGAUAAAGUUAUGGACUGUCAUGCUUGUAAGGCAUAACAUAUUUUAUGUGUCUGCAUCUUGUCCCUAUCAGUCAAAAACCGGGACACUUUCGAUUCCGUUAGUUGAGUCUGUAACUCUCAAUAAUGAGGGAGUAUAACCGUUAAUAUCCCAUGUUACAUGACUGUACAAUUUCUUUCUCCACCAGUUCUUGUUCAAAUUCUUUAUUCCUGUGCUUAUAAUGUUUUAAUUCAGGUUUGUGAUUGUUAGAGAAAA